CCGACAUGUGCGGUAUCUGCUUUGUACUUCGUAGGAAUACUACAGGCGAGGAUGGUGACCUCAGAAUGCUCUAUCCUCUGCUAGAACAGGCAAAUGCAACUAGAGGCCCCGACGCGCAGAGGACCCGCAAAGUUCGAGCCGACCAUAUAGACCUUAGUUUCUUCUCUUCCGAGCUCAGACUCAGAGGUGAAGCUCCAGUAGUACAACCUCACGAGGGCGAGGGCAACAUCCUGUGUUGGAACGGCGAAAUUUUCGAUGGUCUAAACAUUUCAGCCACCGAGAACGAUGGCGUCAGAUUAUUUGAGGCACUAGGAUCACUGACUGCAGCGGAAGAGGUCGCAGCUCUGUUUAGCAUUCUGGAAGGACCAUAUGCAUUCGUCUAUUACCAGCAUCGGACGCGAUGCAUAAUAUACGGUCGGGAUCCGCUUGGGCGCCGCUCUUUGCUUAUUCAUGCGCCAUCGGAAAAGCACCCGUACUUCAUCCUAACAUCUACCUCGGCGGGUGCACACCCCGACAUUCAGUUUGAAGAGCUGCCCACGCAAGGUUUCUUCUGCCUGAGCCUUGACAGCUUGAAAGAUGGACACGGCAGCACAGACCACGAAGUCAACGAUGCAAUAUCAGUAAUUUCUCGGACGGUGGGCGAAGCCGCACCUUAUGCCGCCUUGCCACCCGUUAACCCUACCCUGCCACCGGACAAUCUCGUACGAAUGGACGGCCUAGAGUCUGACGUGCCGCCCUAUUUGUCGGAGGCUGCGGACGGCCUACUGCUCCAUCUGGAGGACAGCGUCCGCCGGCGAGUAUACGAUAUCCCGCCGCCCCCAGUUACAGGCGCGGCUCGUGUAGGAGUUUUAUUCAGCGGCGGCAUUGAUUGCACCGUUUUGGCUCUACUCGCGGACAAAUAUACUCCUCCUGGCGAACCUAUCGACUUGCUCAACGUCGCGUUCGAGAACCCACGAAAAAUGGGUGUUGGUGCAGAUCAAAAUGCGAAGACAGGGUCAAAACCAAGACCCAAUAAGGCCAUCGGUCCGCCACCACAGAGGCCAGCGUACAUGGUCCCCGACCGCGUCACUGGGCUGGAGGAAGUAGAGGAGCUCAGACGGCUACGUCCUCAUCGGAUAUGGAAUUUUGUCGAGGUCAACGUUCCGUUCGAGGAGACACAAAUCACUCGGACCACGAUCGAGGCUAUCAUGUACCCGUGUCGGACGGUCAUGGAUCUGAGUCUCGCGCAAGCCCUCUACUUCGCCGCCAGAGGUGUCGGACAAAUACGAGAACAUAAGGAUGCCGAACCUCAGCCAUACACCAGCCGCGCUCGCGUCCUGCUGAACGGACUUGGAUCUGACGAACUGCUCGGCGGCUAUGGCCGGCAUCGAACCGCAUACAACGCAGGAGGCUGGACUGCACUCAUCAGAGAGCUUCAACUCGAGCUUGACCGCCUCCCAACGCGCAACCUCGGCCGAGACGACCGCAUCAUCUCCGCGCACGGCAAGGAGGCCCGCCACCCCUUUCUCUCGCUCGACGUCGUGCGCUUCCUCGCCGCGCUCCCCGUGCACGCGAAGACCGACCCUCGCCUUGGGCAGGGCUUGGGCGACAAGCUGCUGCUCCGCAUCGUAGCGUGGCGCCUGGGGCUCGUAGAGGCGAGUACCCGGCCCAAGCGGGCGAUGCAGUUUGGGAGUCAUUCUGCGAGGAUGCACGUUGACAGUGCGAAGAAGGGGGAUUUGUUGUUGGACUAACUGAUAUGACGUGGUAUUGGUUAUAUGUGUGCAUACACCUCGUUAGUCGACUUCAGGAGCGUUCUCCCUGCCUUGGGGGGUCAGUUCGAUUCGGGCCCCAUAGAUAUUGCACUGGGCUCGGAACACAUCGCUGUGAUGAUGUUGUCGAUGUUGAGUGAGAAGAAUGGUCGUGCCGCUGACCUUUGCCAGAUGAGAUGUCGCCACCACGAGCCGACAUGGGGCGGUGGG